CGGGAUGCCAAAACGCAUCGUCGAGACGUAACAGCGAGCGUUGCGACGCUGUACGACAGCAAGAGAUCGACAAAAAUACAAGGCUGCAGCUCAGCUGGACGGCUGCGUGAUCUGUAGCCCUGUAGCGCCAGCUGCAAGCAAGGUAGCAAAGCGGCGGGUGAGCCAUCGAUGCCCAGAACUCGCCCGGGCUUGCAGGACAACGCAAAUUCCACGCCUGCAAAUAAACGAGCAUCGUCGAUGCCCCGCCGCCGCAACACGCCCGGCGGCCCCGCCGCGUUUGCGGCCUACGCGAACGGCCCGGGCGCCGCGCCGCCGCCGCCGCCGCGGCCGUCCAAGGCCAAGGCCGCCGCCGCGUAUGCCUUCCGCUUCGUCAAAUCGCCGGACAACUGGUGGCUCCUGCUCCUGCUCGCGUCCGCGGCGCUCUACGCGCAACUGUUGGACGCGGCCCUCGCCCCGAAGGCGCUGGAGGGCUUCGCCGUCACCGGGGACGCGAAAUUCUACCGCGACGUCGUCGCGCGGCACGCCAAGGCGCGCGUCCUCGUCGACGGCCUCGGCCCGCUGGCGUCGCCGGUCUGGCGCGCGCACGACGACGCGAACGACCUGCUCUUCGCCGAGGCGCCGGCGCAGCGCGUCUGGCGCCACGAGGACGGCACGGGGCUCGUGCGCGUCGGCGCGAGCGUGUUCCUCGACGCGACGGGCCCGCUCGCCUGCGUCGCGACGGCCGAGCUCGACGCGCUCGUGCUCUGCGGCGACCAGAACGUAGUGACCGUGGCGGACGACGGGGCGCGAGAAACGCUCUGGGCCGGCGCGGCGACGGCUAUUUCGCGCGGCGCGACGCACGUUGCGGGCGAGCGGAACGGCACGUUCGUCGUCGAGUUCCGCAACGGGACGGCCGUCGCGGCGCUGGCAGCGGCGCCCCUGGCUCUCGCGUUCUCGCCCGACGCCAAGACGCUCUACGUCCGCACCGUCGAUGCCGUCCUCGCGCUCGCUUGUGCCGACUCUUGCGCAGAGGCACGCGUCUUCCACGAGGCUGACCUUGGUGAAGGCGCGGGCCUCGCCGUCGACGGCGCCGGGCGCGUCUACGCGACGACAGAGAAUGGUGUUGCGGUCCUGGCGGCGCCCGAAGGCGCGCUCCUCGGCACGCUCGAGGUUGACGACACCCCAACGGGCCUGGCGUUAGCGACGGACGCUCACCUCUACGUGACGACCGCGGGCGGGCGGCUGCUGCGGGUUCCGGUGCGGCGGGGGGUGCGGCCGGCGGACGUCGUGGCGAGUUAAUAGUGUGUUCUACCUA